AUGAAAUCAAAAACGAAAAUUUUGGAAGAUCCAAACGAAACAUUAUUUAAUAACGAGCAAUUAUUUACAGACGAUUAUACUAUCAAAUCAAAAUCUACAAAUUUUAAGGAUAUUAAAACAAGAGUAGAUAAAAUUCAUAUUGAUGGAGUUAAUCGUACAAAGCAUGAUAUUUUAACAUCGCAAGUGAAAGAAUUAUUUGGAGCAAAAAAUUUUGAAGAUGUUAUUUUUAACUCUUACAAAGUUCUAGGAAAAUUAAAAUCACUAGAGUGCUUUAAUACCGUUGAAGUGCACAUUGAUACUAGUCAUGGAAUAGAUUCUACGCCAGAAGGAGUCGAAGUAACAUUUAAAGUUCGUGAAUUGAAUCGUGUGAUGGGCAAGAUAAAUACGAUGUUUGGAAAUAACGAAGCUUCGCUUCACAUAGGAACGAAAGCUCCAAAUUUAUUUGGAAGGGCUGAAAAACUACAAAUUGAUUAUGUAUGUGGUCAUAAAAAUUUAUCGAAUAUAAAUAUUUCCGCAACUAAGCCCUUCUUCACCGAAGGAUUACAAAAAGUAUUAACAGCUAGUAUUUAUGAUACAUCGUCAGAAUAUUCAUGGUCUGGCUACAAACAAAACGACAAAGGAUUUUUAUUGGAUUUUGCUUUCAAUGUUAAUGAAUAUGGUAUUUUGAAGCAAAAUUUGCAAUACGAAGCAGUUGUGCGAGAAGUAAAAUCAAUAAAACAAGCACCGUUUCAAAUUCUUGAGCAAUGUGGCCCAACACUAAAAUCAUGCUUUAGGUACAUUUGUAAUGUCGAUAAAAGAGAUCAAAGUAUAUUUCCAUCUACUGGAAAUCUUCUCCAGAUAACAACGGAAGUAGCAGGCUGUGGAGGCAAUAUAGGUUUUCUCAAAAGUGAAGCAAUUACUCAAACAAAUUGGUCACCGCAUGAAAGUAUUACGUUCCAGUUAUCUGCUCAAGUUGGUAUAUUGAGAGAAAUGAGUAACGACUUAAAAAUAAACAUUGUAGAUAAAUUUUUUCUUGGUGGUCCUCUGAAUAUCAGAGGAUUUGAUAUAAGAGGUUGUGGACCUAAAGAACAAGGAUAUUCUGUGGGUGGAAAUACUUAUUGGGCAAUUGCAUUGCAUCUUUAUAGUAGACUUCCAUUUGUUCCUCGAAACAAUAAUUUUUCUGAUUUCUUCAGAUUACACGGCUUUGUAAAUGGUGGAAACGUUUACAACAUUUCAUCAAAAACAGGAAAUAACUAUGAAGAACAUUUAAAAAUGAUAACCCAGAAUAUUCGUUGUGCAGCUGGUUGUGGCAUUGCAUUUAAAUUAGGAAAUGCAGCGAGAGUCGAAUUAAACUUCUGCUUACCCUUGAAAUUUCAUCGUAGUGAUGUUCACAAACAAAUACAAUUAGGUUUGGGCCUUCAAUACCUAUAAAAAAAAAA